CGCUCCUCCCUGCCCUCCGCCGGGGCGCGGGAGCCGGCGAGAGCGCCCGCCGCCUCCCUGGGAGCGCACGCUCCGCGCGCCCUGCUGGAGCGAGGAGGCGGGCGUGGGCGGGCGUCGGGGCAGCCGCGACCCAGCGCGCGGAAAGGGAGGGGCUUCCCGGAGGAUGCCCGCGGCGGCGGCUCCUCGCUCUUAGGCGCUAGCUGAGCUGGACCGGGAGCGAGCGGCGCGUCGCCAUGCCGGCGUGACGGGCGCCCGCGGCUGCCCGCGCCGGGCCCCUGCGCUGCCCCACGCCGCGCUGCGCCGGCGCCGGGCGGCAGGAUGGGCUGUAUCCAAAGCAUCACCUGCAAGGCGCGGAUCCGGCGCGAGAACAUCGUGGUGUACGAUGUGUGCGCCACCAUCGACCAGUGCCCCACGCGCAUCGAGGAGACUUCGCCCAUCGUCCUGCGCUACAAGACCCCUUACUUCAAAGCCUCGGCCCGUGUGGUCAUGCCCCCCAUCCCCCGCCACGAGACCUGGGUGGUGGGCUGGAUCCAGGCUUGCAACCAGAUGGAGUUCUUCAACACCUACAGCGACCUGGGCAUGUCAAGCUGGGAACUGCCUGACUUGAGGGAAGGGAGAGUAAAAGCCAUCAGUGACUCAGACGGGGUGAGCUACCCAUGGUACGGGAACACCACAGAAACUGUGACCCUGGUUGGCCCCACCAACAAGAUCUCCAGGUUUUCCGUCAGCAUGAAUGAUAACUUCUACCCCAGCGUGACAUGGGCAGUGCCAGUGAGUGACAGCAAUGUGCCACUGCUCACAAGAAUCAAGAGGGACCAAAGUUUUACCACCUGGCUGGUAGCCAUGAACACCACCACCAAGGAGAAGAUCAUUCUGCAGACCAUCAAGUGGAGGAUGCGAGUGGACAUUGAAGUGGACCCUCUUCAGCUGUUGGGGCAGCGGGCCCGGCUGGUGGGCAGGACUCAGCAGGAGCAGCCCCGGAUCCUGAGCCGGAUGGAGCCCAUCCCCCCUAACGCACUAGUGAAGCCCAAUGCCAACGAUGCCCAGGUCCUCAUGUGGAGGCCCAAGCGGGGGCCGCCUCUGGUUGUAAUACCUCCUAAGUAAAAGCAGACUGCCCAACCGUGUGGAACACAUGCCACUGAGACCCGCAGUGGGGUGACCAGGGGUGGCAGGAGCCAAACUGAGUUUCUGAGCCAAAGCAGACCUCUUGGUGUGCCAGCCUUUGCAGCUACUUGUGACGAGUACAGCUGCUCCUUGGGCGGUAGAACCAUAACCCUUAGGAAAAGCCCCCUUCCUCUUAGGAAUAAAGAAACCACUGAUUUGAUAGACUUGCUCUGAUUACCGUGCAAGUAGCCAUAUUUUGGAGCUGACCAGGACGAUUCUUUUAUUUGAACUACUGACCAUUUCUUUCCCGUGAGAUGCAGGGAAUGGAAAUGAAACUAAACAGUGCCUGUGGCAGAUGCUGCUUCCCAACCAAUUAGAAGCGAGAGUGAAAACAUCCACACCAGGUGUUCGUAAGACAGUCUCCUUGUGGGACUGGAGGGUGCUGGGGAAUUGGGUGAAAGAUCCUGGGUGCUGGGGAGAGAGGAGAAGAAGGUGUUACUACAGGUUACUAUCAAGUGUUAGCUGAUGGUCAGUACAUCCCCCGGAAUGAAAAGGGACACUUAGGGAACUAGAAACCUAGCGUGCCCUUUGUUUUGAGGGAGGAGCUGGUUUUGGAACUGUCCAAGGUGCUGAUGUCAGCAGCGCCCGUGGAGACUGGCUGCUUCCGUCCACUCACCUCUUUCCAAAGAGAUCGCCCAUUCUAAGUGUUGUUAGUUAUGGUAUCGGAUGUGUAGUUACUGUUUUUCUGUAGCGAUUAUGGCGUUGGGUCCCUCUUGAGUUCUUAGUCACUCAAUCUGUGACUUUGUUUACAACCACUGAUUCCUAUCACCAGCCCUCGAUUUACAAAGAUGUGUAAGCCUCGUGUUUGUAGGGUUUCGGGAACAUCUCAACAAAUGAGAAAAAAUAUUUUCAAUUCUUAGUUUCUAAAUUGAACGGGCACAGGAAGGGCACACAUCUGUGCGCACACGAGGGUGCUCACACACCAGUAUUUAGAAUGAAAAACAACUAGUCUCGCCAGUAGUGCCUGAACAUUCAUGGCCUUUAAACGCAAAUAGUACAUACACCGUAUGCCCACGUAGGUUAACUUCAGCUGUCCUUACAAAAACUCAGCUUCAACUGUUUGUCCAACUGUAGAUGAGAAAUGUUCAGGCUUCUUUAGUGAAGGUCUGAGCCUUAACGCCAUCUUGUGUUGCUGACAUCCAGCCAAUAAAGAUGAGAAGUGAUCUUCCUUUUAGUCCAGCAGUGUAAAACUUUUUAAAGAGUUUCCAGUGUUUACAGUGGUAAGAUUUCCAACCCUUCCCACCGAAGCUAUCGUGCCCCACACCCCAAAGAAGAGCCUCCCCUGUUAUUCUCAAUGGCACAAAUUGUGAAAUACAUCCUUCCUUGUUCAGAAACUCCUCAUGUAACCUGACUACAGAAUUUUCACAAUGUUGUAUACUGAGUAGGUAGAUUCUUUAAACCUAAUUUCAGAGGUGAGAGAUUUCCAAGUCCAGAGCCAUUAUACAAAUCCUGUCAUUGACUCCAAAUCUUCCAGAGUUUGGGGACAGAGAAUGCAAACCAGUAGGCUUUCUCAUUACUCUUGUUUGCCAUGUACUGUAGUCUAAUUUCCUUCAUGCUCUGGUCCCAAAGGAUGCUACUCAGAAUAAUGUAGCACUAACUUCACACUCCACCCAUCAGCUUCUCUCACCUAGAUUAGUUAUCGAUGGCACGUUAUUUAUAGCAACACAUUAAUAGCUCAUUGGUAACAUUGGUGAGUUGCAAAGACUCUAUUUAGAAAUAAUUCAGCUGUUAACUUUUGGAUUUCCCAUGCUUCCCUACUUUUGAAUGGCAGAACUGACCUCAGAGACCUACAGAUUGAAGAGUAAAAUUGCUUAUUUUCCAUGCUAACAUCAGAAGCAGCAAUCUCUCCCUUGUAUUGAAUUAGAUGCCACUCUUAUGAGAUUUGGGUCAAUGGAUGCUGAUCUUGGAAUCUAAGCCAUGUAGCACCACUUUAAGAAAACCUGAUUUUUUUUUCUUACAUCUAAAAUUGUAACAACAGAUGAAUAAGUUUAUAUUAAAAAUUCUAUGCAAGGUUUCAGACUUAAAA